AUGAGUAAAUCACUAAAUCCCAACCAUCAAAAAAAAAGCGUAAUAAUUAAAAGUAAGGAAUAAUUUGAAAAGAAGUUUAUCGCAGCAUCUGAAGUUAUUUAUAAUUCUCUCAAAUCUUUCUGUGAAUAACAGAAAAAAUAUGGAGAGAAUCAUAGUAAUUACGUUUUGGGCAUUUAAACAAUUAGUGAAGACAAGAAUACCAAAACUUUAACAGUUACCUAUGCUUGUGAUAUAUCUGCUACCCCUUUAUCAACAAUUAAAUACUCUUCACCAAAACAUAAAAUUUAGAUAUUCAAACAUUUGUACUUAAUUUAUGGGUUUUUGAACAAAUAAAAAAUUCUCCAUAGAAACCUUAAACCAAAUAAUAUAAUUUUCUAUAAUCAAUAAUUAUUACUUACUGAUUUUGGUUAUAUGCUAGGUGAUUGGUAGAUUGAUAAAAUUAAUUUUUUAGAUGAAAAUGAUGGUGUUCGUAACGAUAAUAUGUAUCCAUAUCUAUCUCCAGAAGUUGCUAAUAUGAUUGUCAGCACAAAAAGUUAUGGUCAUAAAAUGGAUGCUCUUAAAAAAAGAUAUUAAAAAUCUGUGAAACAGCAGGAUUAAUUUGCAAUCGCAAUUAUGAUGUUAGAGGUCUUUAUUACUUUUAAUGACAAAAAAUUAACUACUGCUAAUUAAAGAUUAAAGCAGAUUAAUGAGAUGACAUUAUCAGAUGAGUUUUCAAAUGAAGUUGAAAAAUUCAUAAAAGAAACUAUUAUAAGUAUAUUAUAUUAUAAAGAUUUUGAUGAAACUGAAUUCGAUAAGAAAUUAUAAAUGAUUAUUGAAAUUGAAUAAUAGACUGAAAAUUACAAAAUCAAUAAAUAGGAAUUAAUGACAUAAGAAUAUGAUGAUUUAGUAAAAUAAGUCUUAGAAAAUAAAGAUACUUAAUUUAAUUUAAAACUUCUAUAUCACUUUAGUAAAACAGACCUAAACUGCCUGUUAAUUAAUAUUUAAAAAAAAUAUGAAGAAAAUAAAGAACUAAUAGAAGAGAUGAAAAGAUUAUUACAUCUCUAUUAAAAAAUUAAAAAUUUAAGUCUAAAUACAACCGAAGAACAAUUUACAAAUGAAGAUUUAUUCAUUUCAUUAGUUUAUUUGGAUGAAAAAAUAGAAAGUUACUAAAAUUCAUAAAAUCAAGAACCCUAUCAGAUUAUGUCUGAAAACGAAUAAAAAUAUCGUCAUUUAAAAUAAUCCUUAAAGAAAGAAUAUAUUAGAUUGAAUAAUUUAAACAAAAAUGAAUUUAAAUUUAAUAACAUCUUUGGCAAAGAUAUUGAAAUUAUGCAACUAAAUUCAUUUAAAGCGAACGAAGAUCAAUAAAUAAAAGAUGCUGAAAUGAAUCACCAAUCUCACAAUGAUGUAAUAUAGAAUGAUAAUGAUAAUGUAAAUAAUUAACAGAAUGAGUAAUAGCCUAAUGAAAGUGAUUAACAGAAUUUGUAAUAACCUAAUGAAAGUAAUUAAAAGAAUUUUUAAUAACCUAAUGAAAGUGAUUAACAGAAUUUUUAAUAACCUAAUGAAAAUGAAUAAAAUUAGUAACUACAAAAUGAAAAUAAUUAAUUGAAUGUUUAAUAACAUAUUGAUGGGUAAUAAUCUAAUUCUUAUGCACAUGUUGAUAUUGAUUUGUAAUAACCAAAUUAAAUACUAACUCUUAUUUACACAAUAAAUGAAUAAACUAGUCAAUAAAAACUCUUAGAAGCAAUUAAAAGCAAUUUCAAUAAUACCACUCUGCAAAUUUAUUUCGAAAUUAACAAAUGUUUUUGCUAAAAGAUAAUUCAAGGCUAUGUUUAUAAAUAUAAAAAUGAUCCUAAUGUCAUUUGUCUUGGUGAAAUAAAAGGUAAUGAUUUUGAAGGAGAAGUAAUGUAAUUGGAAGUAAAAAAAGUUAACAACAAUAAAACGAUAUUCCACUAUAUUAAUGUUAAAAUAACACUAAAUAAUUGGAAUAUUGAAGACAAAGAAUAAAAGUCAUCGAUUUUUUAAUACUUAGAAGUUAAUUCUUAAGCAAGGUUCAAAAAAUUUAAAGAAUAUUAAGGUUAAAUUCUAAACGGGAAAAAAAGUGGAAAAGGUUUUGAAAAAAAUUUUAUUGAAAAUAUGAUUUAUUUUGGAGAAUGGGACGAUGGGUAUAUAGUAAAUGGAACUAAGUAAAUAAUAAAUACUGGUUAGUUAUUAUAAAAUGAUCCCUAUAAAUGGAAAGGAAAUUUCGAACUAAAUUAAUUACAUGGUGAUAAAAUACUAACAUAUUUAUUAAAUUAUAAUAAUAAAGAAGUUUGGUUAGAAGGAAGAUAUCAAAAUGGUCUUAAAAAAGGAGUUCAUACCUGUUACAUGAAAAAGAAAAAUGAUUAGAAUCAAAAUUAGAAAUAAAAUUAGAAUCAAAAUUAGAAUUAAAAUUAGAAUUAAAAUUAGAAUCAAAAUUAGAAUCAAAAUUAGAAUCAAAAUUAGAAUUAAAAUUAGAAUCAAAAUUAGAAUUAAAAUUAGAAUCAAAAUUAGAAUCAAAAUGGUGUUAAAAUUUACAGCGCAAUAUAUUUUGUAAUUUCAAACCAAGAACACGAAUUUAAGUUGACUUGCAAUUGA